AAUUGUUCUUUUGUGGCUUUGGCAGGAUUUAUUUUUUAUUCGUUGUGCUUCCCAUGUCACCCCAGCCUCUAGUAGCUCAUUUCAUGGAGAAAUGAGCAGCAUUUUGGAGAGGCAGCGUCAACGAGCACAAAGCUCGAGGAACCGUGGAGCUGGGUCCGGUUCCCAACGACAAACUCGCUUUGGCGAGCGGCCACCUGUUGCACUGGGGCGCAGUUCGUCCCACAGAAGUUCGAGCUCGGCACCAAGACAUCAUGCCGAGCAAAGACGAAGGACAAGCAUGGGAUCUCAGCCCGCCCCAACCGCUGCAGUGCAGCCUGCCAACGUGCCCCCAACGCCGGCAUGUGAGGUUGCUGAACCAGCGCUUGCUUCGUCAUCUGUAUCGGGGCCAAGAAUUGCAUACUCGAAAGGCUUUAGUUACAUCAAAACUGACUGCCAGGCCGCCAUGGUGCAAGGUAUGCAGAACUUUGUGCCCCCUGCAGAUCGACAACAUGCGAAGGGGCACGUCCAACAGCAUGGAGGUCAUACUGCUUUACUGAAGCUGAUGGACGCGUUUAGCUACAUCGUAGCACUCUUUGAGUGCGAGCAAAGGGCGCGAGACGCCGUCGUAGUUGCCUCAGCCAACACCACCAUAGACAUCUUCAACGAGAUUCGUGAGAAGGUGCUGCGAUAUCGAGCUGACUUCCCAAUCGACGAGCUGGCCUUCUUUGAGGGUGAAGAGAUGGAUGAACAAGGGAAGAGCCUCGCCCCUCCAACUGACACCCGGGUGAAGCUGAAAUGGGAGCUAAAUGAAGAGGGGUUGCCAGUGUGGCCCCCUUCUGUUGUUGAAGAGGGGGAGGACACCGAGGGGUUGCCAAGCUUUGAUGCUUAGGUGGCAGAGCCCCAAGAGGUACUUGCUAAGCCCUCCAGCACUCCCCCAUCUUCUUAGCCUGCUGUUGCUCCUGCUCUCUCUCCUCCAAAUCGAUCAUCUCCUGCUCGAUCUGCUGCUGCGCGUACUAAUGCGUCCAUCCCUUCGACCUGAUGGAUGAUUAGCUUAGGAUUUUCUUUGUUUCUUUUGUAUUUCUUUUGUGCUUUUGUAUUGGUCAGUGAACCCAUUCAUCAUGUACUUCAAAUGUAAAGAACAUUGAUGGAAAUACAAAUUUGAAGAUUUU